GCCGACGAUCACUCUGAGACUCACAGGCAGGGAGACACAUAGAGGACAUAGAGACAGACGGGCAAAGAAAUCAUCCUCUGCUGCCUCUUACCUCAGCCCGCCUGCUCCUCCGCCUCACUGAUAUGACCCUGUUCAGCCCCAGAUACAUGAGCAUGAGUGGAGAAUUCAAGUCCAGCCGCUCCAGGGCAGCAAGCAAGAGGUCCGCUUAUGACACGGACUUGGACCUGGACUAUGACAGCUAUCAGGAGGAUUACUAUGACAGGGUGUACGACUACCAGCUUGUCCCAGCGUCACUGUCUCCACUACCCGAGGGGCUGAGCCCGGCCAAGAGAUUCCGCUCAUCCUCUUCCUCCUCCAGGCACAGACGCAGCCGAGACAGAACCCACUCCAGAAGCUCCAGAGCUCACUCCUCCAGUUCAUCCACAGCCAAGCUCGGCAUGGAGGAGUUGCAGGUGAUUAAAAAGGAGCUGACACUGAUCAAGACACAAAUCGAUGGGCUGCUCGACAGCCUGGACAGGAUGGACGCGGAGACCAACGACCACAAAGGGGAGGACAGUCCUGUUGAGUCACCGCACUGUUUAUCCACCUGCAGUCCAGAACACUCGGUCUCUUCCCUCUCUCCAAUAAGCUCCUAUCAUCGCAGUCAGAAGGAGAACCUGGAUCUGAGGGAGCCGGAUGACUACCACCACACAAUGAGGAAUCACAGCUGUGGCCUGGAGGAUGAAAUAUGAACUGGGAAGAACAAAUGAAGAUUGGAGAGGUGCCAAACAUGAGGAAGAGAAUAGCAACUACCAAGAUCAGAUCUCGGACGUUCUCAUAUCAAAACAUGUCCCGUGUGUUUUUGUUGUUCAGUUGUAUGUUGCUGAUCAAAUUUGACCAUUUCCUUAACUCUUGAAAAAUACAGAUAAAGUAUGAAGUACAUCCUGCUUUUUUUUUCAGGACGACAAUGUGACAUGACAGUGAUGAGAACUUAAAUAGAACAAUAUGGCUCCAAUCGCUUAAGGGAAUCUAUGACCUUGAGAUGCCACUGUGUCAUGAAGUGGAAGCAGCUUAGCAUCACAACGCAGAGGUGUGGAGUCCAGUGGCCACCACAUGUUUGCAUGAGUUCCCUAUAUUCCCUCAUUUUAACGAUGAGUUUCACUGGAUUAUAAAGGUGCACAAUUGAGGUUAAAUUCUAAAUCUUGCUACAACCAAUAUAUUGUGGCGCCUAAUGUCUUUUUUAAUCUGGUUCAGAUUUGUAUCUGGACUGUAACAGAUGCAUCAUUUCAUUUGUAUCCUUCAGAUGAUGGCAGUUGUGAGACACUUGGUGUAGGACAGGUUUGAGUGACACUGAACACAAACACUUUACAUGAAACUUUGACUUGGUGUGAAGCAGAAACCUGGUCAACAUCCACUGAACUGAAACUGAGCAUCAAGAAUGAGAACUGCUCUCCGAGCUUCAACUGUUGCAGUACAUUGUGGGACUUGUGUUUGUGGUGGAAGCACUUUUUCCCAGCACUUUUAAUUUUUUUGUGUGUGUGUUAUGAGAUUUUUCACAGGAAAGAUUUUGGAAUUUCCACCAAAUUGACAAACUCCAGCCUCGUUCUUGCUGUAAAGGUUUUAUUUUCUUCUGCAUCACCAAUGGAGUGUCAGCAUCUCCUCCAUCUUGUACUUGGCACAGCGAGAAGGCCCAGAUCGAUGUGUAAUAUUGUGUAUUAUUAUACCAUGAAGAUGUUCUUCUGUCUGAUUUCAAUGUCGUUCUAGGACUGCUCAUGUGUUUUUUAACAAAAUUGAAAUUCAUUUUGGUGCAUCGUGUUUUUGGUUUGAAUUAUUAAAAUAUACCAAGUGGAAAUACUCACGGUCAUAAAUGUUGAGUCAAAAUUCCUUGGGUGCCUUUUCCUCCACACACAAAUGCUACUUGAAUGCCACUCCAAGGCAACUUUGUCAUUUCAAAAAUAUGUUUCUGAAUCUUAAUAACGUCAUUCUAAAUGCUUAUAAAGACGACAGAUUCUACUUCAGUUGAGAGGUGGAGAGAUCGUGGAAGUCACGUCCCAGGCGAGUCAUGUGACAAGCCGGAAGUAGUCUGUGUACGCCUCUUGAAUUUAUUGUCGAUAGUGUUGCGUUCUUAUAAUUAAAA